GAGUUUUUACUCGUGUUUUAUUGUUUUUUUUUACUCAGCUGUCGUGAUACUGUUACUUUGUAUUCAUUUGAACGCUAAAUCAAUGUCUGGUAUCUUUAAAGCAAUGUCAAAGUUUCGCCUGGCUGUGGUGCAGUUACAUGUGUCAAAGAUUAAAUCGGACAAUUUAGGAAGAGCACAAAAACUUGUGAAAGAGGCUGCAGGCCGAGGUGCAAAAGUUGUAGUUUUACCUGAGUGCUUUAACUCCCCCUAUGGAACCGGCUUCUUUGCUGAGUAUGCUGAGAAGAUCCCAGGAGAAUCCACACAGGUGUUGUCAGAGGUGGCUAAGGAUUGUGGGAUAUAUUUAGUGGGUGGUUCCAUACCUGAGGAGGAUGGAGGGAAGCUCUAUAACACCUGUUCAGUUUUUGGUCCCGAUGGAAAGCUGCUUGUCAAACACAGAAAGAUUCAUCUCUUUGAUAUUGACGUACCUGGGAAAAUCCGUUUUCAGGAGUCUGAAACACUGAGUCCUGGAAACAGCUUGUCUAUUUUUGAAACCCCCUUUUGUAAAGUAGGUGUAGGCAUUUGCUAUGACAUUCGCUUUCCGGAGCUUGCACAGAUCUAUGCCAGAAAAGGUUGCCAGCUUUUGGUAUAUCCUGGUGCUUUUAAUAUGACCACAGGGCCGGCUCACUGGGAGCUGCUGCAGAGGGGGAGAGCUGUAGACAAUCAAGUUUAUGUUGCCACUGCUUCCCCAGCCAGAGAUGAGACUGCCAGCUAUGUGGCCUGGGGUCACAGCUCUGUAGUUAACCCUUGGGGUGAGGUCAUUACGAAAGCUGGGUCAGAGGAGGCUGUUGUGUAUGCUGACAUAGACCUGCAGUAUUUGUCUGAUGUACGUCAGCAAAUCCCGAUCACCAGGCAGAGAAGGAAUGAUAUAUAUAGUGUCAGUGCUGUUCAGGAGGGCUGAAGUGUGGUUUGUCAUGUCAGAACUGUGAUUUAUGUGAAGUCUUAGUUAAAGGCGGGACACUGUCACCACUUCGGUGUUAGAUACAAGCAGACACCAUCAGUCAGGGUCAUUAAAAGAGAUUUUAGGCAAAGGUGCCUCACGAUUUGAGCCCUGCUGUUGAUCCUGUCAUCUUCAAUGAUAUAUUUACAAUAUUAAAAUAGUUAAUAGAUGAGUAAAUUCACCGUCUAAUGAAUGAUGUCUGUUUAAUCAUGUUUUGAAUGUAUGUUAAAUAAACGAUUGUUUAAUUA